GAUAUCUCAAUAUUAUCUAACAUGAAAACGUACUGCUCUGUCAAUACCUCAAUGCGCAGCAAUGAUAUUGAUAUGAAAUCAACGAUACAGGUGUAAAUUUCUCACUAUUGUGCUAGAAUCCGAACACGGCUAUGCUCUCUGAGAUUAUUGCCAACUAUACUAAAAGCGUAACGUGGUCUAACUUAAACAAUUGUUUUACACUUAGCUUUUUCAGUUUUAAGUUGUUGUUCAGUAUGCGCAAUCGAAUUACGGAGAUAUUGUUGCAUAAAGCGGUAGUACAUUUCAUACUUGUCAAUGUUUUUAGACCAACAAUCCAUGUGCAGCAAGGGAAUAAUUUAUAGUCAAUUGUGAUUUUAAUGAAGUAAAAUAAUUAACAUCAAAAUAAAAAAAUAAUUAAAUUAAAAAUAAAACAAUUUGAAUUAAUAUUAAAUAAAUAUAUGUGUUGUUUGAAAAAAGAGAGACUUUUACUAGUGAUGUGAUCAGCUAACAACAAAUAUACACCAAAUAGCUAAUAAAAACUGGUUUCUAAUAUACACACAUACAUACAUAUGUAUGUUAGUAUGGUUCCAUGAAAACUUGUUUGUACGAUCAUUCACGGACCUGCUGUAUGGCAUGCUACAAAAAGCUUUCACAUUUCGAUUUUUGGUGGAACUACAGAAGUUAGACAAAACCGCAAGGGAAAGCAAAACAUAUAAUUGGAAUUUUAAACGUUAGAUUCAACUCGCUUAAGUACUAUAUGUGACACAAACAAAAAAUGCAACGCAGUGAAAAUAACGAGAAUCGUGAUAUAUCUUCCCCAGCACUACUUUCCACUAAGGUUUGUCAUAUAGUGAAACGUUCAGAUUUUGAAGGAUAUGGAUUUAAUUUGCAUUCAGAGAGAGUAAAGCCCGGACAAUAUGUGGGGAAAGUUGAUAUGAAUUCCCCAGCAGAAACAGCGGGAUUAAAAGAAGGCUACCGUAUCAUUGAAGUGAAUGGUGUAAAUAUAAGCCAAGAGUCUCACAAGCAAGUAGUGCAGCGCAUUAAAGCCAUUUCACAUGAAGUGCGAUUAUUAAUAGUGGAUGUUAAUGCUAAUAAAGACAUUACAGCCGCAAAGUCAGUGCUUACGAACCUCACAACAUCGUUGCAAAAGUCCUCCAAUGACAAUAACAUUUCGAAAGUAUUGCAAGAUACGCAGCUGGAAAAGCCUCGAAGUAGUAUAAAUGUAAGUGUGGAUAUGAGAAAGCCUUCUACCAUAGAUGACGCGAGCACAAUUCUUAAACAUAAUAACGAUGCAACCGUGGACAAUUCCAAUGCAAUGCGGUUGGGAAAGCACGAUGACACACGUUCCCAAUCAAGUACAAAGGAUUCUACUGCAGUUUCGGUUGGUGCGCUAGAGCUUCCAAUGACCGCAGCAGAAAUGAGAGCAAAACUUUUAUCUAAGAAAAAAUAUGAUCCCAAAAAUGAAAUUGUAGAUCUGAAGAAAAAGUUUGAGAUAAUACAGAAACUUUGAUUUUAUAAUAUACAAAUAAAAUAUUGAUUUAAUUGAUGGGCAAGACUCCGUCAGAAGAAAAGCGA